UAUCCUUUACUCCAGAUCCCAUCACCUCACAAUCAAUAGGUUCUGGAAAUGUAGCCGUUUUGGUGCAGUUGCCUCGCGCAGCGUCUUGUGCCCAGGGUCGACGGGCCCGGUCCCUCUCAUCUGGUCCCCGCGGCGGGGGGGGCGGACGUCAUGGAGGCGUUCUCGCUCGGGCUCGGGGAGGUCUUGAACUUGGCCGCGUCGGAGUACGACAGCCGCCGGGGAUGUUUGUGGUCGGGGCGUUCGUACGUCGUGGACGUGCAGUCCAAGAGGAUCAGCAUGAUCGACACGGUGCGGGAGGAGAUGAGGGACCAGCUGGCCCUGAUCAUCUCGAGCGUGGACUCCCUCAUGGUCGUCAAUUGCCUGAUUUUGAAGAAAUCGCAGGCAUGUUUGCCUGCGAGGGCACGUUCCCGAACCAGGACCACCUUUCCAGGACGGACGACGACUAUGUUGGUUGGCAGUACGUGGCCAUCCACGCGUACAGCGUCACCCUGGCGCUGACCAUGGCCUUCUCCCUGGGCUCCCUCCUGACGGCAACGGCGAUACGGCUCGAGGCGAAGGCGUGCUUCGAGGGGAUCAUGGGCGACCGCGGGAGCAGGCUCCCGGUGAUCUGGCAGCAGGUGCGGCGCGCCGUGCGGCAGAGCGAGGGCGGGGCGCGCCGGCGCGCGGAGGCGGGCGACGACGCCGAGGGCCCGGUCGCGGACAGGGAGGAUUGUGCAGCUUCUCAUGGAGGGCGUGCUAGAGAAGGCGCGCUACUAUUCACGGGCUGCAUCCUGCACCCCGUGGCGCAGACGCUGCUGUGGCUGUGCGUGCUCUGCGGCGUCGCCGCCUGCGCUCUCCUGAUGAGCCUGAUCCCGAAGGGCCACGCGCAUUACCCGUCGAACCCCAUGGUGACCCUGGCCUACUCUGGCACCGUCGGCCUGGGCUUCCUCGGCAGCCUCAUUUUCGGGAUCUGGAUGAGGCACUCCCUUGGCAGGAGGAAGCGCGAGUCAGAGAAAGCGCGGCAGGCCCGCGCGGAGCGGGAAGAGGCGGAGUGGCGGAGGCUCUUCGAGCGGCCAGAGCGCGAUGAGGUCCUGAGCCCCCCCCGAUGACAGGCAGUGCGCCCAUGGCCUGGCCGGCGAGUGGCCACAGGAGCCGAGCCGAGGCGGGCACGUAGCAGGAGGAGGCCGAGGGGAGGAGACGCCAAUCGAGCGCGCCAGCGCAGGAGGUGUGCCCUGAGCUUCCCCCGACGAUGACCCCAUCCGCAGAAAGCACCUGUGCACCAUCACCCUGGCUUGACAGGGCAAUCCUGGGCCCCAGGAUGGUGCAUACUCAGAGGAGCAAGAGGUCAUGAUGACGAUGAUAUGUUCGAUUUAUCUUCCUCCGAAGUUGUCCUCGUCCGGGAUCCGUCGUGUGCCUCCUGCGCAGACCAUCGGACCAGAGCGCCCCGCCGGGCCCCGCGCGCCCAGAAGGCUACGAGGAGCCGGGCCCGGGCCUGGGCCCGGGCCGAGGCGGCGCGUCCGCGCCAGGCUCUCGGGCGGCAGGCGGUGCCCCCAGCCGCGGGAGGGGCCGCGGCGCCCGCGCCGCGUGUGGUGACCAGCAGCUGGCGCCCCAGGCCCCUGCGCGAUGCGAGAAAAACAUGGCGGGGUGUUUUUCUGCACGCCUUGUUCAUGUCGAAUUCCUCCACAAUUCUUUGAUUUUUUUGGGGGG